GCGCCCAAAUGAAACAAACAGACACACACAAACGCUAAUGUGUUCUUUUCUUAAUCUUCCUUCCUUCGCAUUCCGCACCAACGCACUCUGCGCUCUCCUCAUACUCUUCCUCUUCCUUGCAUGUUCUCGGAGCUCCGGCUCCAAUAGCGGAGCCCCGGCUCAGUACAAAAACACCAAACUUCACUCUCUUCCCUUCCUUUUCCUUUUCGAGAUCUCCAAACCAAAAUGUCCAAACCCUGGGGCAUCGGAGCCUGGGCCGCCGAUUCCGAGCGGGCCGAGGCCGAGGAGCGCGAGGCCCAGGCGGCUGCUGCGGCCGCCGAGACCCAAAACUUCCCCAGCCUCAAGGAGGCCGUUAACUCCAAGCCCAAAAAGAAGAAAGGAACAACCAUCACGCUUUCCGAGUUCAACCGAGGCGGUUUCGCCUCCGAGGGCCUAACGCGUGACGAGAUGAUGGCCCUCCCCACCGGCCCCAAGGAACGCACCGCCGAUGAAAUGCAGUUCAACCGCCUCGGCGGCGGUUUCUCCUCCUACGACCGCUCCGGCGCUCGCUCGCGCGACCGCGACCGCGACGGGGGCAACAACGAAGGUUCCUGGGGCGGGGGGAGAAGAUCCUACGGCGGAGGAUUCGACGAAGAACGCAGAGGUCCAAAUCCUAGGGUUUCGGAACUCGAUCAGCCGUCGCGGGCGGACGAGGUCGACAAUUGGGCUUCGGUGAAGAAAACUCUCCCCUCGUUCGAUUCAGGCCGCCAGAGUCGCUACGGUGGCGGAGGCGGUGGCGGUUUCGGCGGCGGUGGCGGUGGAGGAGGCUUCGGUGGUGGUGGUGGUUUUGGUGCCGCGUCUAGGGCUGAUGGAGUGGAUAAUUGGGCGGUUGGUAAGAAGCCUGUUGCUGCUAGAUCUUCAAAUUUUGGUUCCGGUUUUCGUGAUUCCGGCGUGGAGCCUGAUCGGUGGGCGAGAGGUGGUCCACCGCGUGAGAUUGAGCGGAUGGAGCGGCCGAGGCUGGUGUUGGAUCCGCCCAGAGGGGAUGGUUCGGUGAAUGAUGCUCCGGCGAAGACGAAUAAGGGGAAUCCGUUCGGCGCGGCGCGGCCAAGGGAGGAGGUGUUGGCUGAGAAGGGGUUGGAUUGGAAGAAGAUGGAUUCGGAGAUUGAUGCUAAGAAGACGAGCAGGCCCACGAGUUCGCACUCUAGCAGGCCUUCCAGUGCUCAGUCCAAUCGUUCUGAGGGUCCCGGGCUGCAGGGGACCGAUGCUGCGCCGAAAUCACGGCCCAAGGUGAAUCCCUUUGGGGAUGCCAAGCCUAGGGAGGUUCUGCUGGGCGAGCGAGGCAUGGAUUGGCGGAAGAUUGAUCUUGAAUUGGAGCAUCGCUCUGUUGACAGGCCUGAGACAAUGGAGGAAAAAUUAUUAAAAGAAGAAAUUGAUAAUUUGAAGAAGGAACUUGAGAAAGAAUCCGCAAUAAAUUCAAACAAGGAAUUUGCAGAUGAGGCUGGUGGAGACCAAACCAGUACACAUGCAAUAUUACAACAGAAAGAAAAGGAGCUGGAACAACUUAUCCGUGAUUUGGAUGACAAAGUUCGUUUCGGGCAGAAAGCCGUUCAACAGCAGGAAAAUCUUCUGCUCCUUCUGAUAGGCCACCUUCCAGAUCUGGCUCAUUUGAGGAUUCUAGAAGUGUGGAUUUUACAGACAGACCUCGAUCUCGUGGUACAGGAGAUAUGUGGAUGCGUCCUAGUGAUGACAGAAGACAGUUUCAAGGUAGCAGGGAAAGGGGAUGGUUUUCUGGUAGCAGAGACUCGAAUAGGUCAAAUUCAAGAGAGAGAUGGUGAACAGCAGUUUUGUGUGGAUUAAGAGUUAUCUUCAACUUUUGAUGACCAGAACCUAAUACUAUUUUAUUACUUGUCUUUUCUAAUCGUUUUGUUCAUUUUACUCCAGGCAAUUGGAGCAACAAUCAUUGAGUACUGGCACUAAAACUUUUGCCUAAUCUAUUAUUGCAUCUCGAAACAUUGUAAAUUUGUUUUUCCCUUCUGGUAAUUUUUUGGGUGUCUGGACGAAGGCAGAGAGCCUGUAAUUUUAUUAGGACUAAAUUCUUAUUGAGGAUUAUGGAACUUGCUAGUUAAUGUCAAUGUGAUAUUGUUCUGAUAUAAAAUUAUUUUCCUUCAAUUUUGCA